UCUGCAUAGGAAGCAGCCACACACAUGCAUCGUGCACUAUUGUCUUCAAGGCACCCUGGCGCAGGAAGGCAAGUGCCGCAGCCCCCCGACGCGCGCUCACAGUUUACAUACCUUGCACCGCGCAGCGCCCGCGUAGCAAGCAGGCUGAUAUCAAGCUGCAUCAAGUACACCGUGAGCGGUGGAGAGCGGCUCAGACGGCUUGUCGCAAUGGCAGCCCAGGCGCCGGGGGCAACCCCAUACAUCUUCAAGGCGAGCAUGGACACGUAUGCGAGCCUCGAGGGCCAGAAGCGCGAGAGCCCAGCCGCUGAGCGGAACAAGGGUUACAUCCUGGAAGUCCUGCGGGAGUACCUGGGCUCGGAGGCCGCCACUGCCGCCGCAGUGGCCGCAGCGGCGGCCUCAGGGCGCCGGCGGCCAGUCAUCCUCGAGGUGGCCAGCGGCUCCGGCCAGCACUGCGCGCACCUCGCUGCCGGCCUCCCCGCCUACGACGUCCAGCCCACCGACCUGACGCCAGAGCUGUUCGACAGCAUUGCCGCCUAUGCCGCCACCACCCCACCCGCCGCAGCUGCAGCCGCAGCCGCGGGCGCUGCAGCCGGCCAAUCCGGUGGUGGCGGCGGCCUGCCCAACGUGCUACUGCCGCCACUGGUGUUGGACGCGUCGUCGCUGGAUUGGCCGGCUGUAGCAGCGGCGGGCGUGUCAGCCGGUAGUGGCAGUAGCAGCAGCGGUGGCAGUAGCAGCGGGCGGCUGGACGCUGCGGCGGUGCUGGUCAUCAACAUGUGCCACAUCUCGCCACUGCCGGCCACACGGGGGCUGCUUAAAGGAGCGGGCACGGCGCUGCGCCCCGGCGGCGGGCUGUUAUUCGUGUACGGCCCCUUCACGGUGCAGCGCGGGCGACACACCACCGACAGCAACGCCGCCUUCCACGCCAGCCUACAGGCGCGCGACCCCUCGUGGGGCUAUCGAGACGUGGAGGACAUGAAGGAAUGGGCGGCGGAGGCGGGCCUGGAGACCUUGGAGGUUCGGGAGAUGCCCGCCAACAACUUCAUGCUGGUGUUCCGGAGGACCUGAUGAGCAGCAGGCGCGGCCUUGAGGUCUGAGCAGGGGGAGCAGCGGAGGUCGGUGAUGCGGCCGGGGCCACGGCGCAGUGUACCGUACCGUAGGGCCAGCAGGCAGCGUUUGACUCUGCUCCGCGUGUUUGGUCAUGUGUCUGCCUCUGAUGACAGUGGCAUGGCAUGGGGCUUGCGGUAACCAGUUUGAAACACAACUUCAUGUGGCUUUCUGUGCGCUGCCGCACGUAUUAUGAUCGGGCACGUUGCUCGGGAGGGGCAGGGAGGGGCCAGGUGUGUGACCUGAGCCGUGCCGUGCCAGAUCAAUUGGUGUGCGCACUCGUCAUAGCAAUGAACUCUUGUUGCUAUUGCAUUGAAUACUCUCUUAGUAGGUAAUAGUAUGUGCUGGGCGCUGCAAUAGCGAGCCAGAAAGAAUGCCUCACACAAUGCCGAGCGAGCAACGCCGAGGUUACGAGUGAUGCGACUAGCGCAAGAUGAAUGCAGCUAUGCUGAGUAUCAUUUUAGCUCUCUACUU